AUGAGUGAUGCAUCCUCUGGUGAUUUUCGCAUUCUGAUGGUCGUUGAGGACAGGCUCCCGUGGAUGAGAGAGCGGGUCCCUUUAGCUUUGUCGUUCUUUGUCGUGGUCCCAGACCUCCGAACACCGAUGAUGUGUGACCAUCGAGCUGGAAAGUCCUUCGUCAAGGUCACAGGCAGCCCUCUGUUGCGGCCAUCAGCCGCCCCAGGCAGCCCGAAAAGCCUCGUGCUGGAGGGUGAGAAACCCAGUUCACUUUGUUCACCGCCACCCGAAGAUCACAAUGUAGGUAGCUCCGGGCACCGCCGGGCAAACAUGGCGCUGCGCAGCCGCGAGUUGAGCAACGCCUACCGCGCGGUGUACUUGGCAUCGCCCUUGAAGUUUUGCACUACUUUGCACUCCUUUUCUCGAGUUGUGCCUCGGUACUACAUCAAUGCCUGGGAGAAGAACCCGUACAAAUGGCAGCAUCACAAGUACCAUCGUGUUCGUCAGCGGCAGCGUGGUAAAUGGUGCUAUCUUGGCGGUCCCAUGAGCGGCGUCCAGAUACCGGGCUGGCCCGAGCCUUCGCUCCUUUCGCCUCGGGCGCUUGUCGACACUGCGCAGCGCGCGCAAGUUGAGCGCUUGGAGGACAAAGUGUUCUGGCAGCAGGUUGCCGAGCGGACUGUCCAACUGCGCGACAUCAUGGACGUAGGUGACCUGGCUGUAAUCGUGGACACGCUCUUGACAGCAAACCACCGCCACACUCACCUGAUGAAGACCAUCUCUCGAGAACUGAUUGAAGACGUGGACAAGCUAUCCCUGGUGGAGACGGCCGUGAUCUUGAAUGCAUACGCCCAUUUUAAUUGUGUGAGCGAGUUCAUGCUCAAAGCCUUUGCCGAGCAUGUGGCCCGGCUUCUGCUGGAACAGCCGUAUACCACUCUGGAAGAUGCUGAGAGGUACGGAGCUGCAGCUGCAGACCCUCAAACCCUAGCCGUCUUGUGCAAGGCAUUCGCGAGUUUGCGCUACAAGGAUUCCGAGAUGCUCAAAGCAGUCAACUCGGUCCUACUGCAGCGAAUAGAGGAUUCUGCCUUCGGCUCCGUGGCGGAAGUUCUGACGGCAUUUGCAGAGCUGGACGAGCCGUUUGAGGCUCCAAUCGAAUUCUGGAUGGCCCUCGCCAGCAAGGUCCCUGGCAGCCAAAUGCGCUUCCUCUGCCCGACGCUGCGAGCGGCACAGCGCCUGGAAGUCGCAGAGCCGGCAUUGUUCGAGGCGCUCGGACAAGAGGUGGUAGCCGGGCUGCAGGGACUGCGCGUGAGCGCCCCGCUCGAGGAUGCCAUGUCGACGCCCAUGCCGGCUUUUGCCGAGCCGCAGCUGGUCACGCAGCUCUCUGGCAAGGAGCAGCGGACAGAACCCGCUUCUGUGCCUGUGGAGGAUCUCGGCUCGCUGGAAAGUGUCGAUACCGACGUUGACGACAACUUCCAGGUGGUUCCAGUCGACGCUGUCAUUGAGGAUGGCAUCGUCGAGGAGGACAUUCAAGAUGAUGAGAACCGUGCUGUGCCGAAAAGAAGGAGGAGGCGGUGGUACAAUGCCGUAACACGCAAGCUGGACUCCACAUCCAGCGGGCUGCCCGAGGUGCCGUACUUCGCCCCGUGGAAUCCAGACGAGUGCUUCCGAAGGAACCAGCGUGGCGCGCGGGUCGCGCAGGCUCUUGAAGGGCUGGAUUCGUUGCAGCGGGCAGUUGCAAGCAGCACGCGCUCGCCUUCAUCUCCAUCGUCAGGACCGUCAGCUCCAGAAGAUGCACCUGCAAAGCCGGUGGAUGUGGAGCUCUUGGAGAAUGCCCUCCCGCUGCUGAGCGGCUCUCUCCAGGGGCUGUCGCCUGCACAGCUGGCACUCUGCGCUGAGCGAUUUGCCGAUGCUCCAGUGGCGCUUGAUGAUGCAUUCUUGGAGGACGAAUGCAUGGACUCGGACUCAGCUGACUCAUCGUGCAGCUUAGUGGCCAUGCAGCUACGUGGACAGAAGUUGAGUGCUGCGGGCACCGCUCGUGACGGUCUGGGAAAGGACGUGCACCGCGAGACGGAGAAUGAUCGUCAACCGUACCUGUGCAUGUACUAUCCCUGGCUUCCUCAGUGCAUGCAUCCCCAAAUAAACUAUGCACCACCCCGGAUGCCGCCGAUGUAUCCGAUGUACAAUCCGACCUACAACCCGGUCCCACAUUAUGCGCCGAUCCCAGCACCCUAUUUCCGGCCGCCCACUGCACCUGUGCCAAGCAUGCCGACAUACCAGCCGCCGCAGCCGCCGCAGCCGAUGCCCGCAAGCACAAGGCUUGCGCGGCGUGGCGGGCUCGACCCGCCCACAGGUGUGAAGACCCACAAUGGUGCAUCCUGGGAAACCAUGAGGAUUUCUGGAACCGAUACGAAGCACAUUUUCGCUCUGGGAGACUGGGGUUCCCUGCUAGGCAUUGGCUCAGGUGCGCCGAAAGCCAUCAUCCAGUACAAAGGUGGCCAUACACCAGGCCCACACACCAUGGCGAGACAUCGAGGUCCAGGAUGCAGCACCAAAGAGAUGUCCGACUGUUUUGGUGCUACUGCCGUGUGCCCAACGAACUGCCACUUCAAGGCUGAAAUUGAUCUGCGCGCGCAGACGCUGGUCGCGACGCAAAUGAAGAAGCGAGCGCCUGAAAGCAAUCCCGACUUUGUCUUGAAUGUCGGCGACAAUUUUUAUUGGGGGGGCAUCGAGACAGAAUGUGGCCAUCCAAUGAGCCAAAUCCAUCCACAAACCCAGGCUCAAUUCAAGGUGAUUUUCGAGGACAUCUACAAUGGACCUGGCCUGGAUGGAAAGCCCUGGUUGAGCGUCUUCGGCAACCAUGACCUGGGAGGGUUCCAGUUCAACAAGGCUGCCAGCUAUGUAUUGGAUGCAGCGAGUGGAGCAACCUAG